ACUAUUGAAAGAUGCAGGAGCCAGUAUGAAUCAUUCGAUUUGAUCGGCAUGACGGAAUAUGGAUCCCGACAGGAAGUCGAAUGUCAAAUCCACUCUUGCUUCCAACUCCUCUGUCAAUUGCCAAACGAAGAGCUAUGGAGAUGGCAAGCCGGCAUUAGUCUUGUUGUCCACCGAUUCCAAAGGGUCCCUGUCUCGCAAACUUUGCCGCCACAGGGAACAUGGCUUCCUUCAGUGUCUCAGAGUGUGUCAGGAGGAUAUCUAACACAGCAGGGGAUUUUGGCAUGCCUUCUGCUGCUCUACCGACUGUCAGAUCAAGAGGUUGGGAGAUGGCAAUGGGUGAUGAUCAGCUAUCUAUAUCCUCGUCUCCAGAGGCUACCUGCUAUGAGACCACCGCCACCAGGAAGCAAGAAGUGUCAUGAAUUCCUGGAUGAGUUGCAGAAGGAGCUGAGGUUAAUAAAAACAUUCUUUGACGAUGAUCGGUCCUACCUGAUCAUGGAGUUGGCGGGAAAGGGGGAUCCGCGAGUCGCUGCUCUCAGUCCUCCGAGGACGGCGUCAUAUGAACAGCUGUUCCUCUUUACCCUCAGUGUAAGAUACCACGCACGGACCUAUCGGGCAGCAUUCCUAGAUAUGGAUGGGGAUCGGCUGCAUGAUAGUGGGUCUCGAGCUCAUGGCCAUAGUGGCGAAUAUAUCGAGAAAUAUGGUCUCAGUCCUAGCGCUGAUCGGGUAGGGUAUGCCCUUCGGAUUGGCCGCAAGCAGCAGGCAGUUGAAGAGGGCGUCAGCUUGUCAGGGAUGUCGCUUGUAAUGACACCAAUGUCUCGCAAGCUGCAUGCUCUCACGUCCCUGGAGAUCGACAAAGCAAUAUGCCUCCUUGCGGUCUUCAAUGAAUACGAGCAAAUCAUGGGACUAUCUUGCUACUUAUCGCCCGACAUGGACUCAUACCAGGAAAUAUUUGAUUCUGAAGUUGCCAAUUGGCUGGCACAGACUCGAUAUGAUUGA